GUUUGUUUCGUUUCCCACUCCAGCAUCGCGCACUUCUUGGCAUGCACCAUCCCACUACCUAUAAAAUCCACAUUUUCCUCUCUCACCACUGCUCCUCAUCGCGCGACCGACAAGCUUUCAACUCAAUUCAGUUGAUACCUUCCGCAACCGCGAAAGUCAAUCACACUCGUUACUACUUCACCAUGUACUUCCCCAACACCACGGCCUGCAUCAGCAGCUUCCUCAUGGCCACCGCGUCCGCCAGUACGCCGGCCUCGUUCGAGGUCCCCGGUUCUGCUCCCGGCACCGCUGCGGUGCCUGAGGUCGACACGACCACCAUCUACGAGACCUCAAUCUACUAUUUCACACCCGCGGUCACCGUCACCAGCGCACCCAUUGCCAGUGUUGCCGCUAGCAGCGCUCCCAUCAAUAGCACCGCCACCGUGACCAGCUCUACCGGCUACACGCCCCCUCCUGCUGAGAUCACACCCUCCGUCUACAUCACUGACGGCAAGACCUUCGUCCCCGUCACCCUCUGGGAGCAGAACUCCACCGUGGUCAUCUUCCCUCAGAACAGCACUGCGCUCGAGAUCUCUACCGGGUACCCGGCCAACGGCACCUCGACUGUCGUUGUCACGACCACAGCCUCGUCGUCCAAGACUGCGGCUACUACUUCCAAGGACAAGACCUCUGCGACUGCGUCCGCGUCCGCAAGCGGUAGAGAGGUGCCUGUCAACGGUGCUGGCAAGGUCGCUGGGAAUGCGUUGCUUGGUUUGGGCGCUGUUGCUGGCUUCAUGGCGCUUUUGUAG